UGUGUUUGCGUUUGUGUUUGUGAGUGGUGGUGCUGCUAGAAGCCUAAAACUAAAACAUAGUUCAAUUACUUUUUUCUAUGAAGGAACAACUAUUUUAGGGUAAAUGAUUAGGCACGAUUCAUAGGACUGACUACUUCUGACCCCUGUUAUAAAAAAAGUUCUAUUCAUACUUUAUGGAACCUUAUAGUAAUGCAAUAAUAAUUUCUUGUUGUAUGUCUUUGGCAGGAUUCGGCCCAGGUCCUUUACUUGGGCCUUCUGUUUGCAGGCCCACUCAAAAUGGCAUCAAACUUGAGCACCCCAACGGUUCAGUGCCUAGGUUCCCCUUUAAAGUCUGCAGAGCCACCAAAUCAGAAUCAAACACUGGCAUACGAACCUUUGGAUAAAUCUUCUAGCAAUACGUUAAAGCGCAAUCCGAAGAUGGAGCUCUGCAAACAAGAUCUUUUGAAGUUACUUAGCUAUCUGGAGGGAGAAGUUCAAGCAAGAGACAUUGUCAUUGCUACAUUGAAGUGUGAAAAGGUAAAGCAGAUGCUAAGUCAGGGACGCUAUAGGCCAGUAGCUUUGAAUGAUCCGGUGGCAGCUCUACAAAGAGACGCCUUCGCAGCUCCAGGACCUCGUAUUGAUGAAGCGCAAAUUUGUAGCUUGGCUGAUCAUCAAUUGAACUCAUUGGAAAAUCUUGUAAUUCAACAAAGAAAAGCACAAAUAAGAAUAGCCAAAGUAUUGAAAGAUGCUGAAUUGAGGCAUAGAAAGGUGGUUCAAGAAUUAUUGGAAGAAAAGAGAAAGCAUGAACAUGACACAGCUCAGGGUGAUGAUAUAACCUAUGGAUUGGAAAAAGAGAGAACUCGCUUAAAACAGGAACUUGAAAUGGAAAGGCAAGCCAGAAAACGGUUAGAAAAAGAAUUGAAAAAAUUGACGGAUUUCGCUGAGGAAGAAAAGAAUAGACAAAAACAAAUAGUUUUGUUAUUACUUGCCGAGAGAAAGAAAAUGGUCAUGAAGUAUAUUGAAGAACGUAAAAGAUCUGAAGAUCUGGCACAAAUAUUGACUGAAGAAAAAGGAAGAAUUGACUCGAUGGCGGAAGGGUUAGAAGAAGAAAGUAAAAAGUCUCUUCAGAUGGAAGCCGAGCUAGAAAAGCAGCUAGCGCAGUUCGAUACAGAAAGUCAGCAACUAAAGGCCAGUCUUAACAGGGAAGAAACAAGAGUGAAAGAACUUGAGUUGGAAUUGGAGAAGGCGAAGAACGAUGUGGUGUCAUUGGAGAAGCAGCUGGUGGAAGCUCACCAAGUGGCCAUGUUCCAAGCUAGUGCCACCCUCCGUCCGCCUCAACCUCCCACUAAACCCGCCAUCAUACCCCCUCAAACCUCACCCAGGCUUGCUCUCAAUGCUCCAGGAAAAGCAGUCGCCAGUAAUUGGGUGGAAGAACAAGUGCAAGCUCAAGCUAUGAUAAGCAGUGUGGCUAAGGUUGUACAACCUACUGCUACGGUUUCCAGUGUUCCUGUUUGUGGUCCUACGACGGGAGUUGCUUGGUCGGUGUCCCCAGGGCAGGGCUUGCGUGGUGUCAACAUGUACUGUCCGGUGUCCCCCUCCACCAGUACCCCUGUCACCACCACCACCAUGGUGACCACCAGCGACACCACACCGGCUGUGGUCACCGCUGCUAGUCCAGCCACGGCUGAUAAACGGACAGUCCCUCGAGCCGCGAAGCAUUUCACAAGCGCAGGGGGCAAACCGAUGUAUCCAGUGGCCAGUCCCGGUGCGCCGGAGACGUUGAAGAAGGCAGGGGGGGUUGGACGCGGGGUGCCCCCUCCAGUGCCCCCCAACAAGCCGGUCAUACCCCCCAAGAAGGACGCUGUUCUGAACAGGAGGGCGGAAUUGAGUGCCGCAGUGCCGGCUGUUACUCCGGCUGCCACCAUAGCUGCGCCCCCCGCUGAUCACACCACUGAUCACAAGCAGUGAGCUGCAGCUACGAAUUUUCCAUCUGAAUUUGAAAUUCAUGGUGAUUGGCAGCUGAUCAUUUCAUGCGAUCAUUAAGUCUGGUAAUAAAUACUUAAUCAUUGAUGCUCUCGACAAAAUCGUUACAUGUUGACUACUAUAAUGUUGGCUAUUUGUAUGGUAUGGGAUAGAAACAUGGUACUUGUCACGAAACCUAAGACUACAGGUGAAUUGAGUACUGAUAUAUGAUUUUUAUACUAAUAAUCAUAUAGAAGGGGCCAGCUUGGAUUCGAAUCAUCUUUGUUCUGUGUGAUUUCACUCCUCAUCAUCACAAAUCUCUUCACAUGCUGCCAAAGAAUCUUAUUAGAAAUAAUUUCAACAACAGCUAAUGUAAGAUUGUAAUCUUUUAGUAUUAUUUUUCAAUUUUCGAGCGAUGGUGGUAUUUUGUCGUUGGAAAUAGUCAUGACCACUUCCAUAAACUAUUAUUUUUUUAAGUUUUUUUCACAUAACUAUGACUCAUUACAUGAUACUGAACUAACCAAAAUUAACUAGCACUAGUAAUCAAUUUUUAGAAAUUGGCUACCAAUAAAAAUGAAGGUGGAUAUAUAUAUAUUCAUAUAUUCAUAGUUUCAACACGGUUCUCCAAAAGUAUUAGUUUUUGGUUUUAGUGGUGAUGCUGUUAACGCUUAUUAAACGUUCAAUGUAUAACAGUAUUAAGCUAUCUAUGCUUUCAAUGCAUUUCUAAAGUUGAAAGAACAUGAUUAACAGAAAAUAUUUAACAAUAAUAUAAUUGAGUUAUAUAUUAUUUAUAUGGGUCUUGAAGCUUCAUCAAGCUAUAGUUUAUUCCAUUUCUAAUAAAAACCUGAAGUUUCGAAUUAUAAUAUUUUUAUACCUUCAAAUGAAUAUCUCGAUGUAAAUUAUUCUUUUAAAUGAUCUCGUUAUUUAUUUAUAAUAAAAAUUUAUUCUCGUUUUUCAUUUUUUAUGAAGUAACUUCCUUCAAGUUUUGGAACUAGCCGUAUAUAAGCAGGUGAAUCUUUCUGAAAGAUUCACUCCAAUAACAAAAUACCAGCAUCUUGAAUGCAGCUAGAGUAAUUUUCAAUGAAACUAUCUUAAUUAAUUUAGUAAUAAUAAUUCACUAUAUAAAUAGAUAAGUAUUUACCACAUAAGAGAUUGACAUGUUGUUAUGACACUUUAUUAUUAUUUGUUCUCUGACUGCUUAGCAUCCUCUUCUAUCUGCUAAAUGAAUCUUAUUUUAUUAUCAAUGUGAGGCGCCUUAUGCAAUUAUAUUUAUUUUAGUAGUAGUUGUAAGAGAACAAAAUUAUAAUUUCGAAAUCGUAUAUCCAAACAUCAAGCAGAAGCGGCCCCCUAGUCGGAAGGCCAAGCGAAUGUGGCUUCCCAGCCGAAAAAUUAUUAAUCUCGAACUUGAUUAUUGAAACAUCUAUUUUUAUUUCAUUGUGUUUGAUCUAUUGUCCCAAAAUAAUCUAAUAUGGUCGUCAAUAAUAUCGAGUGACCUGGCUGGCUCAGGUCAGGUGUCUCAAGUCGAAACUGAUCAAUUUCAGGGUCUCUGACAUGACCCAACGACUACUUUUUAGGCAGCCGGGCCCGACGGCUUGACGUGUUCAUCAAAAAUACGGGAGUUGCCCGAGAAAAAUAUCUAGCCCAGGCUGCGAUUGGAACCCGGACCUUUGAAUUAUAAAGCCAUCAUUUAAUCCACUCGAUUACGGCCACUCCAUGACAGUCAAUAAAAAGUAUCAAGUUAACUCUAAAUCACAUAUUCAUAUAACAAAUUCUCAUACAUCUACAGCAACUGACAGUACAAUAUGUAAAUACCGAAUUGUUAUUGGUAGCGAAUUUUAUAUGUAUAAAUAUACUCACAAAUACAUACUAUCUAUGUUCUAUAGGCAUCAUUGGAUUAGGAUUUGAGUACAUUGAACCUCAAAUUGUAGGACAUUUAAUAGUUUUAGAAUUACUCCUGGGAAAUUUCAGAAAUAACCUGUUGAUCAUUUAUGUAGAUACGCAAAUAAAAACAAUAAAUUUAUAUUUGCAAAAGACAAUAAUAUCAAUAGAGAUGCCAUCUGUUGAGUGAAUUGUAAUUCCCAUGGCAUUAUCUAUUUUUGUAUUUUUCCAAUCUCAAUUUUGAAGGCUUCAAAAUAGACACAUUUUUAUAUUGAUGGGAAAUAAGUUUUUAUUUAUUACAGGUUUUUGUAAAACAUUGAUUGAUAAUGAAUUUUUGGUUUUAUAAUAUUCUAUUAGUCCUGUUUGUUUAAUGGACGAUUGAUAAAAACCAUUUUUACAGUCAAUUUGAAAAUAAUAUUCCAAAUACUGAAUACAUAAUACUCCAAUAAAGCAUUAUUAUUCUUGCAUAUUCUGAGUGAAUCGAAUACCAACAAAUCAUCAAUAGUAAGCCAAUCACAAAACACCUCACAUUUCAAUUCGCAAAAUAAUUGUGUAUAGCUUAUAAUAUAUGAAACUGCAUAGAUACUACUAUCAAAUAUAUCAACCUAUCUGUUGUUGGAAAACGUUUUUAACAUACUCUAUGUAUACUAUAAUUGCAUUGAAUCAAGUAUAUAGUUACUGAAUGAAAAUACUAGAUAUUGUCCAACCACAGAUUUAUUAAAAAUCGAGAUACCGGUUUCGGUUGUUACACAAUUUUUAAUGAAUCUGUUGUUUUCGAUUUUUAAUAAAUCUAUGGUUGGACAAUAUCUAGUAUUUUUAUUCUGUACGGAUUACUGCCACAAUAUCACCUUCAUAAUUACUCAGAAAGUAUAUAAGUAUCAACAUUUUAUAGUCAAUAGUGGACACAGAACAUAGAAUAAGGAAACACUACUGUGUAUGAAUAGAGAUAUAUAAUUUAUCAAACGUAAAGAAACAUAGAAAUAACGAACUCAAAUUUCCCAAAAUAUUCAAGUAAAGUUAAGGUUAAUGAAAUUAAGGUCAAUCCAAAAAAAUAAUUGGAUCCGCAAAAAUCCAUUGAAACUAACAUGAGUCAAAAUAAGCGAUUAAAUGCGUUUUGGCAGCAAAAUCACCCCACUAAAAAUUUCUUCCAAGAGGAUAGUUACAAAUGUAUGAGAAUUAUAUAGAUGCGCUUAAUAAAAUUGAAAUAUGCUUAGUAACAAUAUUUAAUACAAUUUUAAGCAAUUAUAAUUCUGUAUUCAAAUUAGUCAAUAAUAAGAUAUAAUUUUAUGUGAAAAUGGCUUACCAUGAAUGAAAUGAUGAUUGAUUUUAGUCUUUGGUUCUUAGUUAUCAAUAAACUUCUAAUUUUUGUUUAAAUUUCACCGACUUAUCAAAGUUGAAGGUUUGAUACGACUCUAUAAAAUUGCCACAUCAGUCAAAUGUAUAAAUUGCAAAUGCAUGUAAUUUCAGUAUACAUUAAUGUUUCACAGUCACAUUGAAAAAUAUACGGUUAGAGAGGCGGAAGUAGUUUCCGUUGGAAAAUAAAAUUAUUUUUUAGUUCAUGAGAAUCUAGCAAUGUGUUCUCUAUAAUAUGGUCAA